AUGGAUCUCGCCAGUACCUUGAUUCGCAGCGUCGCGCGCGCCUUCUACGAGACCCGUCAUAUCCUCGUGGUUGAUGCGCUCUUCAUCCACUCGGUGCUCCACGCCGAGGACCUCGCCUUUCUUCUGGGAAUGCAGCAAAAGGAUCUACGGAAGCUUUGCGCCAAAUUGCGCGAGGACCGACUGAUCGCAGUGAGCACGCGAGCCGAAAUUCGAGACGGCGCCACGCGCCCCGUCAACCGCGAAUACUACUACAUCCCCCUCCACCCGGUCGUCGACGCGAUUAAGUACAAGGUCUCCAGGUUGACCUCGACGAUUAAAGCACAGUACACGCCGAGCGAGGACCGAAAGGAGUACAUCUGCCUACGGUGUGGGACGGAAUGGACGGAGCUGGAUGUGCUGAGUCUGUACUCGGAGGAAGGGUUCGAGUGCCAGAACUGCGGCGCGAUCCUGGAGCGGACGGAGGAUGUCAAGGGCGCCGAGGGGAUCGACCGCACAGGACACGAGAAGAAUAGCAAGCUGAUGGCGCAGCUGGAUCAGAUGCUGAAGCUGCUGAAGCAGAUCGACUCGGUGGAGAUCCCGCCCAACGACUUCGACACCGCCUGGGACCACAAGGUCGACGUCGUCCGCAACCAGCAGAUCAACCCCACCCGGGCGACCAUCGUCGUGCCGCCCAAGCAGCAGGACGCCGUGCGGGGCAACGCCAAGACCGACACAUCCGCGCUGGAGAUCUCGCUCACGUCCACCGCCGAGAAGACGGCCGCCGAGCAGGCCGCCGAGGCGGCGCGCAAGGCGGCCGUGGAGAAGCAGAACGCGCUCCCGGUGUGGCACACGCACUCGACGGUCUCCACCGCGGCCGGCAACGGCAGCCGGGUGAAGACGGAGACGGACGUCGAUGUCAAGCCCGAGAUCAAGGACGAGGAGGACCAGAAACCCAGCAUCGACGAGCUCGACGACAAGGUGGCGGCGUACUACGCGGAGAUGGAGCGGGAGAAGGCCUUGCAGGCGCAGGAGGACGCCAGCAGUGCGGAGGACGAGUCGGACGAGUUCGACGAGGAAUUCGAAGACGUCGGGGGCGUCUCGGCCAGCGACGCAGCGUCCCCUGCUGUAGGAGGCGGGGCGCCGACCAGUGCGCCGUCCGCCACGUCCGGGUCGGGGAUCAAGCGCGAGCUUGACAUGGAUUCGAGCACGAGUAGCCCCCAAACGGGCGCGACGCCGGCCAGCGCCGCCGACGGACCGGCAGCCAAGAAGAUCAAGACCGAGCCGGAGAUCAAGACCGAGCCGGGGAUCAAGAGUGAAGAGCCGGCGGUCAAGAAGGAGGAGUCGGAUGAGGACGAUGACGAGGAAUUCGAGGAUGUGUAG